UUCCACUCCCCCCACCCCACCCCUCGCGGCGCCUCUCCUUUGGAGCCAUGGUUCCUGUCCCGGGAUCUCCCGGGCCUGGCCUGGACUGCGGGGACUCAGCUGCGGAGAGUCGGGAGGAAUCAGGCAGCCCUCAGCUCUCGUCCUUCGCGUCCUUCUCGCGGUGGCUGGCCGCGAGCCCCGAGGCCGGUGGCUGGCCGCUGCGCCUGGCGGGGUGGGGCGGCUCGCCACUACGCUUGGCGGGGUGGGGCGGGAUGGCGGCGUCCGCGUGGCUGGAGGCCGGCCUGGCCCGGGUGCUCUUCUACCCGACGCUGCUCUACACAGUGUUCCGGGGGACGGUGCGCGGCCCGGCGCACCGCGACUGGUACCACCGCAUCGACCACACAGUGUUGCUGGGCGCGCUGCCGCUGAGGAGCAUGACGCGCCGGCUGGUACAGGACGAGAAUGUGCACGGUGUGAUCACUAUGAACGAGGAGUACGAGACCAGAUUCCUGUGCAACACCUCGAAGGAAUGGAAGAAAGCAGGAGUUGAGCAGCUACGGCUCAGCACAGUUGACAUGACUGGAGUCCCCACCUUGGACAAUCUCCACAGAGGAGUCCAGUUUGCUCUCAAGUACCAGUCACUGGGUCAGUGUGUCUAUGUGCACUGUAAGGCUGGUCGAUCCAGAAGUGCCACAAUGGUGGCAGCCUAUCUGAUUCAGGUACACAACUGGAGCCCAGAGGAGGCUAUAGAAGCUAUCGCCAAAAUCCGGUCACACAUCUCCAUCAGGCCCAGCCAGCUGGAAGUUCUCAAAGAGUUCCACAAGGAGAUUGCUGCAAGGGCAGCAAAGAACUAACUACUGAUUAUCCCUCAUGCUGAUAAGAGUAUGAAGUCUGUGGAUGACAAAGAACUUGGAUCGCCCUGAGAUACAGUAACAAGUUUACAGGACAAAGCAGCUUAAACCAACCACACUGCAAAUGUGCUGAGUUGUAGAUAAUGUGCCUCCUUUGCCUUCCUUCCUGAAAUAACACUUGGAUGGCUACAGAGAACAAGAUUGUCUGGCUAAAUCUUAUUUUCUUUGACAGGGAUAUGGAAAUAUUAAUUUUAACAGAAAUCUAUUGUGCUUCUAAUAUGUGUAACAACACUGUAAAUCAAAGACAUUUAAUGCUAGAAAAGGAAAUAAGUAUCUAGAUCUGUUCUUUGUUACUGUCAGAAUCCAAAUUUUAAUUGUAUGACUUGGCAAAAUGCUUGCCCAGCAUGUAUAAGGCCCUGAAUUUGGUCCCUAGCAGUUCCAAAAAUAAAAAUAAUCUUUUUUUCCCUG